UAAGCAGUAAGUUCCAAUGGCAAUUACAACUAUGGAGUUGGAGAGAGAGUUACAUAACAUGAGACAGUACUAUGCGAGUGGAAAGACAAAAGAAGCUUGUUGGAGAGAAUCGCAGCUCAAAGGGUUACGUCGUUUCCUCAUGGAGAAAGAGGAAGCUAUCUUUAACGCCCUCUACCGUGAUUUAGGGAAACACCGUAUGGAAGCUUUUAGAGAUGAGAUAGGAACGUUAACGAAGACCUUAAAUUUGGCAUUGAAAUGUCUGAAAGAUUGGAUGUCCGGCAAAAAGGCUAAAUUGCCACAGAUAGCAUUGCUUACCAGUGCUGAAAUUGUUCCUGAGCCUCUGGGUCUUGUCCUCAUAAUUUCUUCUUGGAAUUUCCCCUUUGGACUUUCCCUAGAGCCACUGAUAGGAGCAGUAGCUGCUGGAAACGUAGCGGUUUUGAAGCCUUCAGAGUUAUCUCCUUCAUGUUCCUCUCUGCUUGCCUCUGGUCUUGCCACUUACUUGGACAAUGAAGCUAUUAAGGUGAUUGAAGGGGGAGCAGUGGAGUCCCAGCAACUACUACACCAAAGAUGGGACAAAAUCUUCUUUACAGGAAGUGCACGUGUCGGGCGGAUUGUGAUGUCCGCAGCUGCGAAGCAUCUGACCCCUGUCACUCUGGAGUUGGGUGGAAAAUGCCCUGCAGUUGUUGAUUCCCUUUCAUCUUCAUGGGAUUUAGAGGUGGCUGUGAAGCGGAUUAUGGUGGGGAAAUAUGGAACUUGUGCUGGUCAGGCAUGCAUAGCAGUUGACUAUGUCCUUGUGGAAAACAGAUACUGCUUAAAACUGGUGGAACUGAUGAAGGUCUGGAUCAAGAAAAUGUUUGGAGAGGUCCCACAACAUUCCAACAGUAUUGCAAGGAUAGUGAAUGAAAAACACUUCUUCAGAUUGAAGAAUCUUCUGACUGAUCAGAAGGUCCUAAAAUCAGUGGUUUAUGGUGGCUCCGUGGAUGAAGAAAACUUAUUUAUUGAGCCAACGAUUUUGGUGAAUCCCCCACUUGAUGCAGCGAUCAUGUCGGAUGAAAUUUUCGGCCCACUACUUCCAAUUAUUACUCUGGAUAAGAUUGAGGACAGUGUUAAUUUUAUAAACUCAAUGCCUAAACCUCUUGCCCUUUAUGUUUUCACCAAAAACAAAACACUGCAGAACAGAAUGAUAUCUGAAACAUCAUCUGGCAGCUUGAUGUUCAACGAUUCAAUGCUACAAUAUGCAGCUGAUACUCUACCAUUUGGAGGAGUAGGUGAAAGUGGGUUUGGAAUGUACCAUGGAAAGUUCUCGUUUGACACAUUCAGCCACCACAAGGGAAUUGUGAGAAGGAGUUACCUCACAGAUUUUUGGUAUAGGUAUCCUCCAUGGACACUGAACAAGUUUCAGCUACUUGAGGUCUCGUACAAUUAUGAUUAUCUUGGAUUGCUCCUUGUCCUGCUUGGUUUAAAGAGACCAUCCAAACAUAAGAUCAUGCCUUGCUAGAUGGUGCUUUACACUUAAACUGCUUGUAAGACUUAAAAAGAUAUGGUUAGUGUGAUUAGCAAGUUACAACUUAACCAUUAAUCUGUCUAUGUAAUGUUUAUGUUCAAUUUCAUAUAAAAACUCAUGUGAGAGAAGCAUGCACAAAGUCAUGUGCACUAUAUAAGCCACUACUUACUUUGUAGCUCACUGAUCAAUCCAAUUUUCUUCUGUCA